GCGCUCCGCCCGGUGGCAUUCGGCUGCUCCGGGUCCCCGCGUGCAGCUUUCGCCUUAACACCUGUGUCGGCGCUGUUCUCGGGAAGCAGAUCGUGACAGGCUAGUUGCAGCGGCGGACUGUAAACAUGGCGGCGUGCAGAGCCACAGAGCCGCGCCGAACACCACGUUACUACUAACCAGGAGCCCGCGACACCUGAAACAUGGAGACCGAGGAGGAGCAGCACAUCACCACGCUCCUCUGUAUGGGGUUCCCAGAUCCCGACGUGAUCAGGAAAGCGCUCCGGCUGGCGAAGAAUGACAUCAACGAGGCAGUGGCGCUGCUAACGAACGAAAGCCCCGGGCUCGGGUAUGGAUACGAGCCCAUGGAGAGCGGGCCAUCCCCCGGCUUGGGCUCCGGCGGAGACGGGGAAAACGGCGGGCGGACUGGAACGGGUGGGUUUGACCCCCCUCCAGCGUACCAUGAUGUUGUGGAAGGCGAGAGAAGCAACGAUGAGAAUGGGAACUGCUCUGGGGGCAGUAUAGAGUUCCCCACCACCAACCUGUACGAGCUGGAGAGUCGCGUCUUCACUGACCACUGGUCUAUACCUUACAAAAGGGAGGAGUCCCUGGGCAAGUGUCUGAUUGCCUCCACCUGCCUGGCACGACACGGUCUUGCAGAUGCUGAUGAAAACUGCAAGCGGUUUAUAGAUCGGUGUAUGCCAGAGGCCUUUAAAAAGCUGCUGACCAGCAGCGCUGUGCACAAGUGGGGCACAGAGAUUCAUGAGGGAAUCUACAACAUGCUCAUGCUGCUGGUGGAGCUGGUAGCUGAGAGGGUGAAGCAGGAUCCUGUACCUGUAAACCUGAUGGGAGUUCUGACUAUGGCCUUGAACCCUGAUAAUGAAUACCAUUUCAAGAACCGCAUGAAGGCGUGCCAGAGAAACUGGGCGGAGGUUUUUGGAGAUGAAGCCAACAUGUUUGCGGUCUCUCCUAACACCUAUCAGAAGGAGCCUCAUGGUUGGUUGGUUGACUUGGUUAACAGAUUUGGAGAAUUAGGAGGAUUCACUGCCAUCCAGACUAAGCUCAACUCGGAGGAGGUGGAGAUUGCCUUUGUGUCGGCUCUGGUCCAGCCUCUUGGAGUUUGUGCUGAAUACUUGAACUCGAGCCUUGUCCAGCCCAUGCUUGAUCCAGUCAUUCACAAGAUGAUCACGUAUGUGCAGAACCUGGAGGAAAAGGACCUCAAAGAUAAGCGUCUAGUGAGCAUCCCAGAGCUGCUGUCAGCCAUCAAGCUGCUGUGUAUGAGGUUCCAGAGGGAGCUGGUGACUGUGGUGGAUGACCUGCGGCUGGACACUUUGUUGCGGAUGCUCAAAACCCCCCACUUCUCCACCAAAAUGAACUCCCUCAAAGAGGUGACCAAGUUGAUCGAGGAGAGCACAGUGUCCAAAAGUGUGAAAAACGCCAUUGACACGGACAAACUGCUGGACUGGUUGGUGGAGAACUCGGUUCUGUCAAUAGCCUUGGAAGGUAAUAUUGAUCAAGCUCAGUACUGUGAGAGGAUUAAGGGGAUCAUUGAGCUUCUGGGCAGUAAACUGUCACUGGAUGAGCUCUCCAAGAUCUGGAAAAUACAGGCAGGCCAGUCAUCUACGGUGAUAGAGAACAUUCAUACAAUCAUUGCUGCAGCAGCUGCUAAAUUCAGCUUUGAUCAGCUCACCCAUCUCUUCAUCCUCAUACAGAAGAGCUGGGAGGUUGAGAGUGACCGCGUCAGGCAGAAACUGCUCAGUCUGAUCGGGAGAAUAGGCCGGGAAGCUCGCUCUGAAGCCACCACAGGAAAGGUGCUGGAGGUGCUGUGGGAGCUGGCUCACCUCCACACCCUGCCCACCAGCCUGGUGCAGCAGGCCCUGGAGGAACACCUGGGAAUCCUGAGUGACGCCUACGCUGUCAAAGAGACUGUGAAACGCAGCUACAUCAUUAAAUGUAUUGAGGACAUUAAGAAGAAUUACACUCAGGAGGACAGUAAAGGCAGCGACACUCAGAGCUCAUUUCAUAUUGGCACUUGGGGCAAGAAGAAAUCUAACUCUUUGGCUAAAGCUUCUCAGCAGAGCAGUCCUCAGGCCGUCUGGGUUGUUCCUGCUCUCCGACAGCUGCACGAGAUCACCCGUUCUUUUAUCAAGCAGACCUAUCAAAAACAAGACAAGAGCAUCAUCCAGGACUUGAAAAAGAAUUUUGAAAUCGUCAAGCUGAUCACCGGAUCGCUGGUGUGCUGCCACAGACUGGCUGUAACCGCCUCUGGUAAUAAUGGUCUCUCCAGCUCAACUCUGGUGGACGGGAGGUACACCUACCAAGAGUAUCUGGACAGCCACCUCCGCUUCCUGGCGUUUUUCCUUCAAGAGGCCAGCCUGUACCUGGUCUGGAACAGAGCCAAAGAGCUCUGGGAGUGCCUGGUUUCCGGGGCAGAUGUGUGUGAGCUGGAUCGGGAGAUGUGUUUUGAGUGGUUUACCAAAGGACAACAUGAUCUGGAGAGUGAUGUACAGCAACAGCUCUUCAAGGAGAAGAUCUUAAAACUGGAGCCCUAUGAAAUCACCAUGAAUGGAUUUAAUCUGUUCAAGACUUUUUUUGAGAAUGUCAAUCUAUGUGACCAUCGCCUGAAACGUCAGGGAACUCAGUUGUGUGUGGAGCGCCUUGACCUGGCAGGCAUGGAUUUUCUGUGGCGCAUUGCCAUGGAAACUCCUGAUGAAGAGAUAGCCAAUGAAGCAAUCCAACUUAUCAUCACAUACAGCUAUACCAACCUCAACCCUAAAAUGAAGAAGGAUUCUGUCUCUUUGCACAAGAAGUUCAUUGCUGAUUGUUACAAGCGACUGGAGGCAGCAAGUUCGGCACUCGGUGGGCCUACUUUAACGCAUGCUGUUACUAAGGCAACCAAGAUGCUGACAGCCACUGCCAUGCCGACUGUGGCCACAUCUGUACAGUCACCUUCCAGGUACAGAGGGGGGUUUGGAUCCACUAAACUGGUGAUAAUAGAAAGACUGCUGCUAUUGGCUGAACGCUACGUCAUCACCAUAGAGGAUAUGUACUCGGUUCCUCGCACUAUUCUACCUCACGGUGCCUCCUUUAAUGGACACCCUGUUGUUCUUCACAUCACUUAUGAGUCAACCAAAGACACCUUCACCUUAGAGACCCACAGUAACGAGACGGUAGGAAAUAUCCGCUGGAAGAUCUCAGAGCACUUGAGUUGCCCUGUUGACAAUGUCCAGAUCUUUGCCAAUGACAGUGUGUUGACCAUGAAUCGGGACCAGAAGCUCCUGUCCCAGCUGGGCUUCAGUGACGAGCAGAGUCUGACGGUGAAGAGCUCAGGCACUGGAACUCCAUCUGGGAGCUCAGAGUCCUCAGCCUCUGCCUCCAGCAGUUCCAGCUCUGCUGUCUUUAACUCGGCCUACGCCUUGGAGCAGGAGAAGUCGCUGCCUGGUGUGGUGAUGGCUCUGGUUUGUAAUGUCUUUGAAAUGCUUUAUCAACUGGCCAACCUGGAUGAACCGAGGAUCACUCUUCGGGUGAGGAAGUUGUUGCUUCUAAUUCCAACUGACCCUGAAGUGCAAGAUGCCCUCGACAACUUUGUUCCCAAGGAAUCCAGCGUCUGGAGCCACCAGAAGACACUCUUCACUCUGGGCCAAGGAUCCGGCUCUCGCUCACCAUCCAUGACCUCCAAGCAGCAGCACCAGCCAAGCGCUGCAUCUAUCCUGGAGUCUCUUUUUAGAUCUUCUGCUCCUGGCAUGUCGACUUUCAGAGUUCUGUAUAACCUGGAGGUGUUGAGUUCAAAGCUCAUGCCCACUUCUGAUGAUGAGAUGGCCAAAACCAGCAGCAAGUCCUUCUGCGAUAACUUCCUCAAAGCAGGAGGUCUCAGUCUGGUGGUGAAUGUUAUGCAACGAGAUUCCAUCCCAUCAGAAGUGGACUAUGAGACCAGACAAGGGGUCUACUCCAUAUGUCUUCAGUUAGCGAGGUUCUUGUUGGUGGGUCAGAGCAUGCCCACAGCCCUGGAUGAUGACAUUGUCCGGGACGGCGAGGCUUUGUCCUCUCGGCCGUUCCGUAACGCAGGGCGGGCGGGCCGGCAGCUGUCUCUGUGUGGAACUCCAGAGAAGGCCUCGUACAGACAGAUGUCUCUGUCCGAGCGCUCGUCCAUCCGAGUGGAGGAGAUCAUCCCUGCGGCCCGAGUGGCAAUCCAGACCAUGGAAGUGGGUGACUUCACCUCCACCGUAGCCUGCUUCAUGCGCCUGACCUGGGCAGCUGCAGCGGGGCGAUUGGACCUGGUUGGCAGUCCACAGACAAUCAGAGAGACCCAUAGCUCACUUCUGCCCCAAGGAGUCCGUACAAGAGUCAGCAGCACUGGCAGUAACUGCAGCUCUAGCAGCGAAGGGGAGACGACCCCAACAACACUGCAUGCUGGGAUAUGUGUCAGACAGCAGAGCGUCUCCACCAAGGAUGCCAUCAUUGCCCGAGAGGCCCUGUCGCUGCUGGUUACCUGUUUGCAGCUCCGCUCCCAGCAGCUGACUUCCUUCUACAGCCUCCCUUCUGUCAGUGACUUCAUCAUCGACAUCCUGCUGGGAUCCCCCAGCGCAGAGAUUCGCCGUGUUGCUUGUGAUCAGCUGUACACCCUGAGCCAGUCGGACACUUCCGCCUUUCAAGAAGUUCAAAAACCUAACCUGUUCCUGCUGUCGGUCAUCCUCACUGCUCAGCUCCCCUUAUGGAGUCCUACAUCUGUCAUGAGAGGUGUUAACCAGAGGUUGCUGUCACAGUGCACAGAGUACUUUGACCUCAGAUGCCAGCUCUUAGAUGACCUUACGACCUCAGAGAUGGAAGUGUUAAAAGUGAGCGCAGCUACUAUGCUGGAGGAUGAAAUUUCCUGGCUCGACAAUUUUGAGCCCAGCUGGAGCUCAGAGAUGGAAACCAGCGAGGCUGAUAACAUCCUGCUGGCAGGACACCUCCGGCUCAUCAAGACACUGCUGUCCCUCUGCGGCAAAGAGAAGGAGCAUCUCGGCCCGUCUCUGAUCCAGCAGCUGCUGGACGACUUUCUGUUUCGAGCGUCACGGAUCAUCAUCAACAGCUCCAACCCAACACCUUCACCCACCCCCAACUACGACUUCCACCCAAAGUGCAGCACAGCAAGCAGCAGACUGGCAGCCUAUGAGGUGCUGGUGAUGCUGGCUGACAGCUCUCUGUCCAACCUGCGCCUCAUCACAAGGGAGCUGCUGUCCAUGCACCACCAGUCUGACCCUUCCCUCUGCAAGGAGUUUGAUUACCUACCCCCAGUGGAGAGCCGCUCAGUGUCCGGCUUCGUGGGACUGAAGAAUGGAGGGGCCACGUGUUACAUGAACGCCGUGUUCCAGCAGCUGUACAUGCAGCCUGGCUUACCUGAGGCUGUUCUAUCCAUCGAGGAUGACACAGACCAGCCUGAGGAGAGUGUUUUCUACCAAGUCCAGUCUUUGUUUGGUCAUCUGAUGGAGAGCAAGCUGCAGUACUAUGUGCCAGAGAACUUCUGGAAGAUCUUUAAAAUGUGGAACCGGGAGCUGUAUGUCAGAGAGCAGCAGGACGCUUACGAGUUUUUCACUAGCCUGGUGGACCAGCUUGAUGAACAUCUCAAGAAAAUCGGCAGAGAACAAAUAUUUAAGAACACAUUUCAGGGAAUAUUCUCUGACCAGAAGAUUUGUAAAGAUUGUCCACAUCGAUACGAGCGAGAAGAAACAUUUAUGGCUUUGAACCUCGGGGUGACUUCUUGCCAGAGUCUGGAGAUCUCCCUGGACCAGUUUGUUAGAGGAGAGGUGUUGGAGGGCAGCAAUGCGUACUACUGUGAAAAAUGCAAAGAGAAGAGGACCACAGUGAAGCGGACGUGCAUCAAGUCGCUGCCCAGCGUCCUCUGUAUCCACCUCAUGCGCUUCGGCUUCGACUGGGAGAGCGGGCGCUCCAUCAAAUAUGACGAGCAGAUACGGUUCCCCUGGGUGUUGAACAUGGAGCCCUACACGGUUUCUGGAAUGGCUCGUCAGGACUGUGGAGGAGAGGGUGGCGAGGGGCGAGGAGAUGGGGCGUCAGGAGGCUCGCCCAGGAAGAAAGUUACCAUUUCAGAGAACUAUGAGCUGGUGGGAGUGGUGGUGCACAGCGGCCAGGCACAUGCUGGACACUACUACUCCUUCAUUAAGGACAGACGUGGGAGCAGCCGCGGACGCUGGUACAAGUUCAAUGACAACGUGGUGGAGGAGUUCGACAUGAACGACGAAACUCUGGAGUACGAGUGCUUUGGUGGAGAGUACCGCCCCAAAGUUUAUGACCAAUCAAACCCAUACCCCGACGUGCGCCGGAGGUACUGGAAUGCAUACAUGCUGUUCUAUCAGAAGAUAAGCGAUCAGAACUCGCCUGUUCUGCCCAAGAAGAGCCGAGUGAGCAUCAUGAGGCAGGAGGCUGAAGAUCUUACGCUCUCUGCCCCAUCGUCCCCUGAUGUCUCCCCUCAGUCAUCUCCUCGCCCCCCAAGAGCCAACAAUGACCGCCUGACCCUCCUCACUCGGCUAGUCCGCAAGGGUGAGAAGAAGGGCCUGUUUGUUGAGAAGAUGCCCGCCAGCAUUUACCAGAUUGUGAGAGAUGAGAACCUGAAGUUUAUGAGGAACAGAGACAUCUACAACAGCGAUUACUUCAACUUCAUGCUUUCACUGGCCUCUGUCAAUGCAACCAAAUUAAAGCAUGCUGAUUACCAGCCCAUGGCCAAGGAAAGUCUCCAGCUGGCUGUUCACUUCCUCUUCCACACCUACCUGCACACCAAGAAGAAGCUCCGGGUGGACACGGAGGAGUGGAUGGCAGCGGUGGAGGUGCUGCUGACCAAGAGCAGCGAGGCCUGCCAAUGGAUGGUGCAGUACUUGGUUGGACCAGAAGGACGAGAGAUCAUUAGGGCCUGUCUGCUGGAGUGCAGCGUGCGAGAAGUGAGGAUUGUGGUGGCAUCCGUCCUGGAGAAGACUCUGGAGAGCGCGCUGCACUUUGGUGACCCCGGGCUGGACGGUCUGACUGAUGCCCUGCUGUCCUUACUGGACAAAGAUGUUCCUGAGAACGUGAAGAACUGCGCGCAGUACUUCAGCCUCUUCAGCAACUUUGCUCAGAGGGGGGGGAGUCCCUGUCAGCUGCUGCUGAAGCACUGCGCUUACCGCCGGAUGCUCGUCUUCCUGCUGGGCUCCAACAGGCAGAACAACCAGAACCGGCGCUGGAGUCCCGCUCAGGCUCGGGAGUUUCUUCACCUCCACAGCACUCUGGCCCUGAUGACCGUGCACUCUGACCUCACGUCCCAGCGGACGCAAGCCCCCGGGGGGUGUAAGCUGCGUCAGAGCAGCAUCCCGUCAUCCCUGCUGCCGCUCCACCCGGACAUUCUGGCCUCGCUCUUCACUCCAGAAGGACAGCCUUACCUUCUGGAGGUGAUGUUCGCCAUGCGGGAGCUGUCGGGACCUCUGACCCUGCUGAUUGAAAUGGUGACCUACUGCUCGUUCUGUAACGAGCCCUUCUCCCUGGGGGUGCUGCAGCUACUAAAGGCCCAGCUGGAGACGGCUCCGCCCCACGAGCUGAAGAACGUCUUCCAGAUGCUGCAGGAGCUGCUGAUGGUGGAAGACCCGCUGCAGUCGCAGAGGCUCAAAUAUGCAUUUGAGUCAGACAAAGGACUGCUGGCUUUGAUGCACCAGAGCAACAACAUGGACAGCCGGCGCUGCUACCAGUGUGUGAAGUUUUUAGUCACGUUAGCUCAGAAGUGUCCUCAGGCCAAGGAUUAUUUCAAGGACUUGUCUGGUCACUGGAGCUGGGCGGUGCAGUGGCUGCAGAAAAAGAUGACUGAACAUUACUGGACUCCUCAGAGCAACGUCUCCAAUGAGACGUCCACCAACAAAACCUUCCAGCGCACCAUCUCUGCACAGGACACGCUGGCCUAUGCCACGGCCCUGCUGAACGAGAAGGAGCAGUCCGGCAGCAGUAACGGCUCCGACGGCAGCCCGGCCAAUGAGAAUGCAGACCGCAGCCUCCGACAGGGGUCAGAGUCCCCCAUGAUGCUGGGAGAUUCAAAGAGCGAUCUGGAAGACGUGGACCCCUAACAGGCCGGACCCCCCAGAGGAGAGGCAGCACAGGUCCAGGCAGCCGGUGGAACCGGGCUGCACUUCACCUCUGAUUGUGCAGGACAAUGGGAAGCCAAUCAGAACUCUUUAUCACAGUCGCCAUGGCAACCAAGGAGCUAUGAAUACAUAUGAACUACUUCCUUGCAGACCAGCCAAGGCGCUGAUGGAGACGCAUUAUGGUUGAGGGCAGCAGAGUUGAUUAAGGUGAAACGUGCAAAUAUCCUUCCACACAAUCACGGAUGACUUCAGUUUAUCCUCUUUAAUUAUUCAUUCACUGGGAAUGACAGCCAGGUGGAGGACGGGUUCGGGUUGUGUUUUAACAAUUUUCCGCUCAUAUUUGCCAAUGUUUUCUGGUAGACAUUUUCACUGUUCCACAGUAGUAUAAUUUCCAGUGCAUACUCUUACUUUUCAGUCGGUUGUGUCUGAAGCUGCGCUGGAAGAACUGACCCCAGGCUUCUGUACAGAAACUCCUCCACACGAGCACUUGAGAGAGAGGUGGGCUUCAGAAUGCACUUUAUAGUCCAGUUCAGCUGUUGUGAAGUGCAGCAGCCGGGGUCAGUUCCUCCACAGCUGGAGUCCUCUUCUUCUUUUGCUUUUAAUUCUUCACCUUUGCAGUGCCACUUAUGCAGACGCACAGAUAGCAAACCACUCGACCUUUGACCCGUGGCGACCGCGCUGUUGCCACGGGGACAGGACGGGCUGUGUCUGGGGAAGCAGUGCCAUGCUCAGCACUCCUGCGUGUGCCGGGUCUCAUCCUCCUCAUCAAUCCUCGUUUUCCUGUGAUGCUGGACAGCAUCUUUAGGAACUUCAGCCUUAUGCAAGAAAACGCUGACCUUGAAGGUCAGCGGAGGCGGGCCUUCGGUGUGGCCGGGGCAGAGGGUAGGAGGAGCGCGUAUUAUUUUUUAGGUGCCAAGGUUACACACACGCACAAAAACCAACACACUAUGAAAAAGUUGUGAAAAUAAACAUGCAAGUGUGUGUGUCACUCA